AUACAGUGUUACAUUGUAUACUUGGGAGCACAUUCUCAUGGUCCAACUCCUUCCUCUGCUGGCCUUCAAAUUGCUACAUCUUCUCAUUAUAUUUUAGAACCAAAAUUUUUUAUCGAAGUACCAGAUAAAAUGUCCAAUUCAAACAUGGGAGAUGCAUGCAAGGACAAUAUUAGGAAUCAUAAGGCUUCAUGCAGCAAGGAAAAUGCUAAGAAUAUCACCUUCUGUCCCAACGAAAUUCUUAAUAUUUUCCUUAAGACUAUGAACAUUGUCGGUCCUGUGGUCUCCGAUUCAAUACGAUAUGAGACAACUGGCAGCAAUGAGCAGAAUGCAAAAGAAAAAAUUAUUUAUUCAUACAAUAAACAAAUCAAUGGGUUUGCAGCUAUGCUUCAAGAGGAAGAAGCUGCACAAAUUGCAAAAAAUGAAAAGGUGGUAUCAGUGUUUAUGAGUAAAGAGCAUAAACUGCACACUACACGUUCAUGGGAAUUUCUUGGAUUGCGCAGAAAUGAUAUGAGCUCAGCUUGGCAAAAGGGAAGGUUUGGUGAAAACACCAUCAUAUCUAACAUUGAUUCAGGUGUUUGGCCUGAAUCGAUGAGUUUUAGUGACAGAGGAAUAGGCCACUCAUGUUCUAUUCUUUUUACCUAG